GAGAACAAAGGAAAAGACAGAAAGUGCACGUCAGAACAAGCCUGUGGUUGGGCUGUGGUGGUGGAUGGGUGGAGAGCUCCAAAGGGAAUCCCUUCUCAUCCCUCUCUCUCUCUCUCUCUCACUAUUCUUCUCUCUCUCUCUCUCUCUCUCUCUCUCUCUCUCUCUCUCUCUCUCUCUCAUGCAAGACAUACACAUGUCUUACAAUUAAGCUUUCUGUUUAUGACACAAAAUUACUUGUUCCAAAUUACCACAUAGGGUUUUUUCUUGAAUUUUUCUUGGUGUUUGUCUGCAACUCCAGUCUCACCAGCAAACCGAAGUGGCUCUUGCAGACAUAAAUUUAAUCAAGAGAAAGGGUUUGAAGUUAGAGAGAAGAUAAAUCAUGAAGGCUAGCUAGGGAAAACAGAAUAUUGGUGGGAUUUGUGUGAAGCUGAAUUCAUCUGUUCACAUUCUUUUACAUAUAUAUAAUUCUUUUCUGAACUAGGGUUUGCAGUCAGAUCUAAAUCCUGUCACAGAUGCGAAAGUUGAGAUCUGUUGCUCAAUUCGUUCAUGAAACUGUAUACAAACAAUUGAUGUCAUCAUAUCCUAUAAUUUAAAGCAAAGGGUGUUUUAAUGAUGAAUAAAGGUUUGAUGGUGGAUGAGAAUAUGUCAAAUCUGACUUGUGCUUCUGGUGAUUUAAGUGCUUCUAACUCAAGCAUCAGAAAUGAGUCAUCUUCUGCUGGCACAGUCUACCCUCAUCCCGCAUCCUCAGCACAAAUUCAGCAGCAGCAAGCACCGCCACCGCCAAAGAAGAAGAGAAAUCUCCCAGGCAACCCAGACCCGGAUGCUGAAGUAAUAGCCUUGUCUCCAAAAUCACUGAUGGCAACGAAUAGAUUCGUGUGUGAGAUCUGCAACAAAGGGUUUCAAAGAGAGCAAAACCUUCAGCUUCAUAGAAGAGGGCACAAUCUGCCAUGGAAGCUAAAGCAAAGGACGGGCAAGGAGGUGAGGAAGAAGGUGUAUCUGUGCCCGGAACCAACAUGUGUCCACCAUGAACCAUCAAGGGCUCUUGGGGACUUGACUGGGAUCAAGAAGCACUUCUCUAGAAAGCACGGUGAGAAAAAGUGGAAAUGUGAGAAAUGCUCAAAGCGGUAUGCAGUUCAGUCGGACUGGAAAGCUCACUCCAAAGUCUGUGGCACAAGGGAGUAUAGAUGUGAUUGUGGAACCCUUUUCUCUAGGAGGGACAGUUUCAUCACACACAGAGCCUUUUGUGAUGCUUUAGCACAAGAGAACAAUACAAGCUCUGCAGCUGCCAGAUCGGUAAUGCCAGCCUCAAUAAACCCACUUCUCUCCUCACUCCCCCAACUCCAUAGCCAUGGCCUCCAAGUUCAAUCAGCUGUCAAGAGAGAACAGGAUCAGCAUCAGCAGCAGCUCCUUCCUCCGUGGCUUUCAUUCUUGCCAGAAGGCGGCGAAGCGGCCAGCCUCCCUACUAUGAACCUCUCCGCCUCGCCAUUAUUCUCCACCUCUUCAUUCCAGCAAUAUUAUUCUUUUGACCAAAACCCUAACCCUAGCAGCUCUUCUACUGCCCUACUCCCUGAUAACUUCCAACUUCAACAAAACACCGCUUCCCCUCACAUGUCAGCCACUGCCUUGCUUCAGAAGGCAUCGGAAAUGGGUGCGACCAUCAGCAAAACCUCCCCUUCCCCAUAUUUUCUCAAACCACCCACCCACCAAUCCUACCUAGCUCACCAAGCUCACAUGUCCAACGAAACUUCGCGUGACCAAGCAAUACUAUUGGAUGAUGGGUUUGGAAACAAUGAGAGUAAAUCUUCACUCUUCCAUGAUAUGAUGAUGAUGAGUAGCUCUCAUGGUUUUGGUCAUGAUCAUCAUCAAGUCUCGUCGUCGUCGUUUGGAGAUCAUCAGCAGCAGCAGCAGCAGGCUUUCAAUGGAAUUAUGGUCGACGGUAAUUUCGUCGAGAUUAAUAAUAAUAAUCCUCCAAAUAAUUAUAAUAAACCGAGAAGUACUGACAACAACAACAACAACGAGGGUUUGACGAGAGAUUUCUUGGGACUUAGAGCGCCAUUUUCAUCAGCAGCAGCAUCGCAUGGCGGCCACGGUGAUUUAUUCAGUAUUGAUAUGGCGGGGCUCGACCAUCACCACCAUGUGAGUACUUCUUCUCCAGCUGCUUAUAACAAUGGACAGCAAAAUGAUCAGAACCAAAAAUCGUGGCAAGGUUAGUUUGGUCAUUUUCAGCAUGUAGUCAUUAAUUUUCCUUCCCUGUAGAGAGAGAGAGAGACAGCAGUUACAAACUUACCAUGUCUGAGGAAUUCUUGAAUAUUCUGGUUAAUAGGCUGUUUGAAUGGUGCUCCAAUCUUGCACUAUUCGCCUUCCUUUUUCUUGCUUUAUUAUUUUGAAUAUUUGGUCUUUUUAUAAUAGUUUUCUGCUUUUUUAUA